CCGAUAGCCUUCAGUCCUCUAUCAGUCGGUGCGUGGCGGGGAGUCGAGUGCUCACAAACUAGCUGCUUAAUUUCUCAUUUCUCCCUCUUUGGUUAUUCUUUACUAUAAAACACGAAGCUUACCUAAAGACGGACUCGUCUCAUUUACCAUGCGCACGCCAAAGCCGACAAGGGAGUCCGAAUGAGAAUAAAUAAAAACACUUGAGGCUGGUGGCAAGUGUCCGCCAUAUUCGUUGUGCUGCGAGAGGCACACACACAGCUGUUCUCUCCUGCAUUGCCUCGCCGUGUGGAACUCCUCGUCUGUACCAGUUCCUGAAACACAAAGAAGCAGGUGCUCUCUUAUGCCUAUCGAAGUGUUCUGAACCCACUACAGACCAAGCCUUUGCCUCAGAAACACUCAGUAAAGUGUAAGGUGUCAAGGGGCGAUAUUGGAUUUUCUGGUGCUGUAAAUUCCUGGAUCUCGUUGCCCAAGUGAGGUUGAUGUUGGUGUCAGCUGUGUGAGGGAGGGGGCGACGCGCGUGUGUGGGGGCACAGGGAAGUUCGGCCAGUUGGUGCAACUCGGUCAUUGAUUGUGGUGGAAGAGGGAGGUGGUGGUGGUGGUGGUGCAUCCGAGUGACGUUGGAGCAGGCUGGAGGUGGCGGCGCAGGGGAAGUUGCAGAAGGGUGAGGGCAGUGCAGCAAGGUGAAGGAGGAGCAGGUGCUGCAGCAGGGAGAAGGAGGGACAGGUGCAGCACUGAGUGAAGGAGGAACGUGCAGGAGCAGGGUGAAGGGCCAUGGCAAUGCAGCCUUCUAGCAGUGCUGUGCGAGCCUUGUCCCUGGAAUACAGAGGACUCCAGGACGAGCCAGUGGAAGGCUUCUGUGUAAGCUCCUUAAACGACGACAACUUAUUCGAGUGGGAGGUGGCCAUAUUCGGGCCUCCGGACACGCUGUACCAGGGAGGCUACUUCAAGGCACAUGUCAAAUUCCCGCCGGAUUACCCCUACUCCCCGCCUUCCGUCCGCUUCCUCACCAAGGUCUGGCAUCCUAACGUGUACGAGAAUGGCGACCUGUGCAUCUCCAUCCUGCACCCGCCCGUCGACGACCCCCAGAGCGGCGAGUUGCCCUGCGAACGCUGGAACCCCACACAGAAUGUUCGCACAGUGUUGCUAUCGGUGAUUUCGCUGCUGAAUGAACCCAACACAUAUUCUCCGGCCAAUGUGGACGCCUCAGUAAUGUACAGGCGCUGGCGAGACUCCAAAGGGAAGGAUAAAGAAUAUGAGAACAUCAUAAGGAAGCAAGUGAUGUCGUCACGGGUGGAGGCUGAGCGGGACGGGGUGGUGGUGCCGCUCACGCAGGAGGAUUACUGCAUCAAAACCAAGGUCAAACCUGACGCAGAGCCUGUGGACAUGUACGACUUCUAUGAUGACGACUAUGAUAUUGAUGAUGACGACGAAGAAGAGGAGGAGGAGGACCUUUCUGGUAAUGCAGAAAUUGAUGACGGUGACGACAGUGGAAAUGGAGAGUCGUGAUAGGCUGGCGGUGGCAUUGGAGGACGUCUGGUUUCCGGCUCGAGUGCUUAAACGUCCAUAAGGAAUAGAAGACAGAAAAUAAGUCAUUCAUGGUAUACUUGUUCAUGGUGUUGCUGACGAUGUAAAUGGAUCUUGAGUUUCUCCUGAAGUGCUGUGGUGAUAUAGGAUGAAGGUUAGUGGAAACUUCCACCGCACCUCCUCCCAUACAUCAUGCUUCCCUCACACUCUUACUACUAUUGGCCCCACACAGCUGAAGACUAUGCCCCCAUACUUUUAAGGACUAGGCUCCUCAGAACUAAACAUUUGGCUGCACUUGAGGUACUUGCCUCAUUCAGCUGAAGGUUUAGUUCCAUACAGCUAAGGACUUAAAUUUGCUGGUUUGGACUGUGUCACAUUAGACUAAGAACUUUGUUUUCAGCUGAGGUCAAGUACAGUAGAAAUUAGCCCACACAUUGAUCCCCAGCCAAGGACAUUGCACCACAAUUGAAGGUUUAAUGUCACACAAGAAAUGACUUUUCCCAAAUGCAUAAUUUUUGGUUACACACAACAAGGGACUUUGCUCCAUACAGGUGAAAAUUAACGGUAUACAGCUGAGAACUUGGACUGUACAGACCUGAGGAGAGUCAAGUUCCCUCAGAACACAUGGUAAAUAACUGUUUUCCACACUAUGUGGUGUUCCAUGAAUUGAAAUGUGUGGAACCUGACUGGUCUUGUUCCUGACUUGUUCUUCAAACUGCUCCAGCUGUUUAUGAACUCUGGGUAUAACAAUAGCAACAAUAAUGUGAAAUAAUUUUUGCAAUUUUAUCUUCUGGUAAAUCAUUAAUUUUUAAUGUGAAGUUAUGAGAGGAAUAGUUGCAUAAGAAAUUACUUGAUGGUUGUUUCAUGAAUUACCUGUGUAAUGAAGAGGGGUCUGAAAUGUAAAGAAAAUGUGCAAUUACAGCAACUUUAUGGAUGGAAGACAUGUACUGCCUCCACUGAAAGUUUCAAAGUAUUGGCAUUAAGGAAAGAGUGAUUAUAGAGAUGAAUGUGACAUUGUGUUGCUUGGUGACCUGCCUCCCUGACAGUGCUUCAGUGAGAAAAUGUAAGGAAGGAGGACACUCAGGUUAGCAGUGUGUGGUGUAGGAUAAUACUUCUAGUAGUGAUAAUGUGUAUGUCUGAGAAAGUAUGCCAUUAAUACCAUGUCAAAAAUUCUCCAUUUCCUUUCUUAAAAAUUCUUGCUGCAAAGUAUGACUCCCCCUGUCAAGUUUUUUUCCACUUCACAAAUAAUAAAUCCAUCCAAAUUUAGAUAUAUACCUACUUUCUGCUACACGGCCUCAGUAUGACCCAACCACACAGUGAGGGCAUAUCACACUGUGGGUCACAUGUUAAGCUAAGCUAACACCUAGGCCACUUUUCAACCACCUUAUGGGCACUUUUCUGGGCCACCUUGGAGCUUCCUUCAUAGAUGCUGAGUGUUGGGAAUUUUGUUUGUAUACAAUGUAAAUUCUGAUUGACUCCCUUUGAAGUUUACUUUCCACAAACUAAGCUGCCCAAGGGGAGACUAUGUGGAAGAGUUGACUUGAAAGUUAAAUGGAGGAGGUUUACUGCAGGAGAUUCAUUGUACAUAACUCAUUGUCAUAUUUAUAAUCACCUUUUCUGUGAACAAAUGAUAUGAGGCAUGUUACCAUGAUGAGGAAACAACAUGAGUUUAAAGUGACAGUUCUCCUACAACAUUUCAGCAGCUCAAUGCCUGUGAAUGGACAUUUGCUCAUUUCUCUGUUGUGUUCUCUCAGUUAUGAUGUUGAAAGUAUUACCUUUAGUAGAGUUCAUAACGAUAUUGGCACAUGACCUCACAAAGUAUACCUUUUUGCACCAUAAAAGUCCUUGAAUUGAUAUAUUAGAAACUGAUUUUUAAUAGCAUUCUUUGUAGUAUAGUGUCAAAAAAUAUUCUUUGUAUGUAUGAUAUUUUUAAAGUUACAACAUCACGUUGAUUUGUGCGUUAAGCAUUUAAGUAUUUACCUGUCGUAUUUUGUUCCUAGUGCAGAUAUUUUUAUUGGAAGCAAAAGUCAAAGAGGUGUGAAAUGCUGUACUGAGCAGGAAACAGACUGCUGCACUUUUGUAUGAUAAGUAAUUUAAGGAGAUGCAGGCUUCAUUUAGUGUAAUAAAAAUAUUGUUACAA